AUUUAAGAAAAAAAGUUAUAUAAAAUAUUACCAAAAAUAUAUUUAAAAAACAUCAACUAAGUAAAGAAAACUAAAAAGAUUUUUAAUUAAAAAUUAAUUUAAUAAAAAAGAAAUAUACGUAAAAGUUUUAUAAAAUAAUUUGAAAAAUAUAUUAUUUUAAUUUAUAUUAAAAUAUCUAAUAAAUCACAAAGUAAAUUAAAAAAUUUAACAAUUUAAUUGUUUUUUAAAAAAGUAUCUUUAAUAAAAUAACUCACAAUACAAUGGAAUACCGGUGCUCGAGUAGAUUAACAACCAAAAUUUUAGCAUUAUUUUGUAUUAUUAACUUAAAUGUCCACAUCGCCAGUGCCUCAUUAUGGAACAGUUAUGGCAGCAGUAGCAGCAGCAGUAGUGAUAGUAAAACAUUAAGUUUGGCCAGAUGUAGUGGCGGUAGAGGUUUAAAAUAUUUAUCCGGUGAUGCUUUAACAGACUCACCCGAUUGCUUGGGUCCUAAUAAUGCUCCCUAUCCAAGUGCGGCCGUGGCGCGAACAUUUACCAAUUGGAACGGAAGUUCACGACGUGGCCGUCAAAGUAAAUUGCCAUCAACAUUAGAUCCCGCCAUUACAACUAGCGCUCUAUUGAGGGCUUACAAUGAAGUUAAUAAUGAAGAUAUUGAUAAUCAUCGUUUUGGCCGCUCAUUGAAGCAAACACCACAAGUCGACCAGUGCAGAAGUACCCCAGCACGUUUGUGUAAGACACGCUACAAUACCACCGCACCCAUGUAUGGUGUCAGUUUGACAUCAGGCCAACCCGUUACCAUUGUACAAAAAUUCCCCGAUCUCUUGCAACAAGUUGUCUUUGAAGUGUGCGAAUCUUCUGAAUGUGAUGUGGUUAGAGGUGAAUGUACUCAAACUUAUGUGCCUUAUUUAUUUUUGGUUAUACCUCUGGGCCCUGUUACCUUAACGGGCCAGGAUUAUGUUUUGGUUGAAAGUGGUUGUGUUUGUAAACCUAAAUAUUCGACAGGAGCGACUCAAGAACCUAAUAUGAUACCAUAGUUUAAUUAAAUUUUUCAUGUAUGUAUAUGUAGUAUAAGGCGGGCAAAAAAACAACAUCAACAACAAAAUUGUUUUGAAAACAAUUACAAAUUAUAUUAUUAUUAUUAAAAAACAUAAAAUUUGAAAAAAAAAUCUUUAUAAUUUAAAUGUAAUUUUAAACGAAAACAUAAACUACCAAAAGUACUGAUCUUUUAUGAUAAAUGUAAACAAAAGACAUGUUAAUGAAACAAAAUAAAUUCAUAAUUUCGGGGUUUUUAAAACACAACGGACAUAAUCACAGGCAGUUGUUAUGAAUUACAAAUGUGGCAACUUUAAAGGAAUUAUUCUAAAUUACAAUAUAGUCUGGUAGCCUUAAAGACAGCUGUUAAGUGGCAUCUUUAACUAGUGUUGCCAAAAUAUUACGGUUUUUUCUAUUGCAGUGCUUUUUAGCACUUUUCAUUAUGACGUUUGGCAGUAGUUAUUUAAGAAGCCAUAGUAAAGCAGAUUUAUAUGAAAUAUUGCCAAGGUGCAGCACUUUUCUAUAGAAUAGAAUUGCGGCGAUAUAAAUUUCUAUAAAAUAUUGCAAAGGCGAGAAUAGUGCGACGACGAAACACUUUUAUAUAAAAUAUUGCUAAGGCGAAACACUUAGCUAUAGAUUACUGCCACGGCGAAAUACUUUUUUAUAACAUAUAGCUAAGGCGAAGUAAUUUUCUAUAGAAUAGUGCCGCGGCGAAACACUUUUCUAUAAAAUAUUACUAAGACGAAGUACUUUUCUAUAGAAUAGUGACAAGACAAAACAAAUUUCCUACAUUAUAAAUUCCUAUAGAAUAAAGUUACGGCGAGUCAGUCUUCUUUCUUAGCGACAAAAACAUACAAAACAUACACUGUUCUAUAAAAUAUUGUCACGGCGAAACCUUUUUUUAUAAAAUACUGCUGAAACGAUUCAAUAUUUGUAAAAAAAUAAUGUCAAGACAUAGUAACACUUUUAUCUAUAUUAGUUCUUCGUUAAAACAUUUUCUUCCCAACUGUCCGGGAGUAUGUCCUCUUAUAUGGUUUUAAUUUAAAACAGGUUCAAAACUUUUGUAACUAAUAAAAUUUUCAACUUCCGAAAAUUAGUAAAAUUUUUAAAAAUUUAAAAAAAAUGUAAAUUUAAUUACAUUUUAAUAAAAAAAAACAUAAUUUAAUUAUAAGUUUGUUUUAAAAAAUAAAAAUUUCGAAAAAAAUCUUUUAAAAGAUUUUAAAAAUUUAUAAUUUAAUAUAUUUUCUUUAUAAAAUUUGUUUUCCUUUUAUGUUAAUUUUAAGUUUUAAUAACUAUUUAUUGUUCUUUGCUAUUUAAAUUCUUUUUGUAAAAAUUCCAAUUACGACAUUUUUCUAAACGAGUUUAUGGAAAAUUUUGUAAGUGAAAAAUGUCGUUUUUGGAAUAAUAUUUAUUUUUUUUUUAUUAAUAAAUUUAUUUUAAUUUAAAUUUAAGUAAAUAGUUUUUUAAGUAUAUUUUAAAUUAAGUUUUAAAAAAUAUUUUUCGAUUUAUAUGAUAAAUGUGUUGCAUUUAUUAAAUACAGAAAAUAAUGUUUUUGAAUUAAAUUAUUUAAAUAAUAAAAAAGACAAAAAU